AGUACAAAACAGUUUCGUUCGAAACGCUGCCGUGUGAAGAGCCAAGCGACCAGAACCGACCGUUCAAACAACGAGCCUCUUUCAGUUAGAAUCUAUUAACUAACCAAAAUAUCUGACUAUAUAGAUAGGUGCAUCUAUGAGUGCCACACAUUAGAUCUAGUGUCACCUGGUGUCAUCCGCCGACUAUUAUAACUUUACGGACAAACCGAUUAACUUCAACUUCGUUAAACAGUGUUUGUUUUGAUUUCUGUUGGUGUUUCUCUUGCCACCCCCACAACGAAGAUGAAGUCGAAUCCGGCCUCGGAUCACGUGUACUUCAACGACGGAUUCAAGUGCUCAACAAUCAGCAUCAGCACCAAUAUCACGGAACCGAAUGGCAGUAGCAACAGCGUGGGAUCCCAAGGAUCCAAGGAGUUCAUUCUGACCGAGGACGGUAAGAAGGUGAAGCCACCACUAAGCACAUUGGACUACACUCGAUGUUGGCUGCAGGACUGCCAGCGACGCACCUUCAAUCGAAAAACCCUGCACAAGCGAUUGCCGAUCUUUGGAUGGCUACCGAAAUACAACAGCCAGGAUGCUGUGGGUGACCUGGUAGCUGGUAUCACUGUGGGUCUUACUGUAAUUCCUCAGGCGCUGGCCUACGCGGGUAUAGCUGGACUACCUGUAGCUUAUGGCUUAUAUGCCUCAUUUGUGGGCUGCUUCGUAUACAUUUUCCUGGGAAGCUGCAAGGACGUGCCCAUGGGUCCUUCAGCAAUUGUGGCCUUACUGACCUUCCAGGCUGCCCAAGGAUCGUGGCAAAAAUCAGUCCUGCUGUGCUUGCUCAGUGGAAUUGUGGAACUGCUGAUGGGCCUCUUCGGACUGGGAUUUCUCAUUGACUUUGUCUCUGGUCCAGUUUCGUCGGGCUUCACCUCAGCCGUCUCGCUGAUCAUUCUUACCUCGCAGAUCCAAAGUGUACUGGGCAUCACGGCAAAGGGCAACACUUUUGUGGAGAUUUGGACGCAGGUCUUCCACAACAUUGAGCACACAAGGGCAGGUGACACGGUGUUGGGACUCACCUGUAUUGUAGUCCUAUUGCUCAUGCGCAGUCUCUCAUCCUGCCGUAUCGGACCAGUUGAGGAGGAGGAGUGCUCAGCGUUUCAGCGUGCCGUUAACAAGAUCCUAUGGAUUGUGGGAACUGCCCGGAAUGCCAUCCUUGUGGUAGUCUGUUGUCUUAUGGGCUAUCUGCUGCACAGUGAGGAACAUGGAGCUCCGUUCCGAGUGGUUGGAGACAUCCCACCUGGACUACCCAGUAUUCAGUUGCCGCCCACCUCACUGAGCGCCAAUGAAACUAGCAAUGGCGUGGCACAGGGAUUCGUGGAGAUGGUGCACAGUAUGGGCUCUGGUCUGGUGGUGAUUCCUCUGAUAUCGCUUAUGGAAAAUAUAGCCAUCUGCAAGGCCUUCGCCAAUGGAAAGCCAGUGGAUGCCUCGCAGGAACUGAUUGCCAUUGGAACGGCCAAUAUCUUCAACUCCUUUGUCCAGGCCUUCCCAGGAACUGGAGCCCUGAGUAGAGGAGCAGUGAAUAAUGCCAGUGGAGUCCGGACACCCUUGAGCAAUAUUUACUCCGGAAGUCUGGUCAUGAUUGCCCUGCUCUUCCUCACCCCUUACUUUUACUUUAUUCCCCGACCUACCUUGGCAGCCAUCAUUAUAUCCGCAGUGGUAUUCAUGAUUGAAGUUAAAGUUGUAAAGCCCAUGUGGAGAUCAAAAAGGAGUGAUCUGGUGCCUGGAGUGGGAACCUUCGUUGCCUGCCUGGUUUUGCCUCUGCAGUGGGGCAUACUCAUUGGAGUUGGACUCAAUGUCAUCUUCAUUCUCUACCACGCAGCACGUCCCAAGCUGACCACCGAGCUUUUGACCACACAGUCAGGUGUGGAGUACUCCAUGAUAACCCCAGAUCGAUGCCUCAUCUUUCCCUCUGUGGAUUAUGUAAGGAAUCUGGUUAACAAGCAGUCCAUUAGAAAGAACGUGCCAGUGGUUAUUGAUGCCUCACAUGUCUACGGGGCUGAUUUCACAACGGCCACAGUCAUAGACUCGCUGAUCAGUGACUUUAAUCAGCGGGGACAGCUGCUUUUCUUCUACAACCUAAAGCCGAGUAUCUGCUCCAUUUUUGAGCAAGUGUCGGCGGCUCAGUUCGUGGUUUACUACCAGGAGCAGCAGUUGGACGAGCUGCUAAAAGAGCGGCAAUAUGUUCAGAAACGCCUGGAGACAGCCUGAUCUCCAUUUCCUCAACACGUGAUACAAAUAGUUUAGACUAAGUGUUUGCUUUAGUUAUUUAUGGUAUUGUUAAUAGAUUGUGAACAAAAUGUAUAGUAUUAACCAGAGCACAAACACUAUUAGAAUUUGUGAGCCGAAUAAAUAAGUUAUUUUUAAUUAUUGAAUAAUAACGAAAAAUGAAUACAAAGGGACUUAUUAUUUCUAUGAUAUUAACAAAAAAUGAAAAUUUUGAGACUUAUUCAUUAAAUUAAGGGAUCGGUACAUGUUACGCAUAUGACAUAGCUUACAAUUAAUAUUAAAAAAAUACAUUCACGUUCCUUUUUUAUUUUAAAAACUA